CCACUGGCAGUCUCUGCAGUCAUUCACACAGAUUCAAAGCACCCAGCAGUUCUUUCAGUCUCUUUGCUCAGUAUAUCAAUUCAGUCAUGUCUGGACGCGGAAAGAGCGGUAAGGCCAGAAGCAAGGCAAAGAGUCGAUCCGCCAGGGCCGGACUUCAAUUUCCCGUUGGUAGAGUACACCGCUUCUUGAGGAAGGGCAACUACGCUCAGCGCGUUGGUGCUGGCGCCCCUGUCUACUUGGCGGCAGUCAUGGAGUACCUCACGGCAGAAAUACUGGAACUGGCUGGUAAUGCUGCUCGAGACAACAAGAAAUCAAGAAUCAACCCCCGUCAUCUACAGCUCGCUAUCCGAAACGAUGAAGAGUUGAACAAGUUGCUCAGCGGUGUCACCAUUGCCCAGGGUGGUGUACUUCCCAACAUCCAAGCUGUCCUGCUGCCAAAGAAAACCGCCAAGUCAAGCUCUUAAACUCAGCUCUUGCUACACUGAUAAACCAAACGGCUCUUACGGAGCCACCACAUCAAUCCAAAGAGAGAUUCUAAACAUGAACUGCGUUUGUAAGACAACCCCCCCCCCCCCACACAUAUAUAUUGAAUUCAUUGAAUACUAUUUGUUUUCCGUGCGUAACCAAUCAUCCAACAAGUUGUUUGGUACCCUAUAAACCACACAUAAGUCAGACCAAAGCUUUAUUUUCGUUGCGAUGCUAACUGUAGUAGAGCAACGGUUUAGAACAAAAAAGUUCAAAGCUGUAUCAAUAGACAUAGAACAAAAGUUCUCCGAAAUAUUUACACACUAAUUGUUUGGCACAACCUAACGCCGAUACCGGGAGAUGAAAUACUAAAAGAUAAAGUAUUCUACUUUAAUUUCUGUUAUCUCUUCAUGUGUGUAUAAUCAUCACACAUCAUUCCUUCCAUCACGAUGUCGCAAGCCGAAUGUAGCCCGUGUGUGUGUGUUAACGUACUGCAUGCGGUGCAUGUGACAAUGCACACAGCACGCUGUUUCUAUGUACAAUGUUUUGCGUACUGCAAUGUGACGCAUUGUUGUGUUCCGCGCGCUUGUAAUGUCCAUUGUCUUAACCCGCGUGUACAAACGCGCGGGACGAGCCCAACCAGGCAACCCUGUAUAACGUAAACAUAAACUUAGAAUAA